AUGGCUGCCCCGGGGAAGCAGUCGAGAUGGGGCUCGUUCCUGUCCCAGGCCGUUGCCGGCGUCGAGUCGCGCCUCGACAACAUCCUCGCCGAGGCCGACGACUCUUCGCAGCAGAAGCCCUCGCCCGCCGCUGCCCCGGCGAGCAGUCCCAAGCCCGCGCAGCUCGCCGCGCCCGCCAAGCCGACUCCUGGCAGUUCGAGAUCAUCCUCCACGAACCGUACCAAUGACCGGUUACAGGCCAGACUGGCCAAGGCUAUGGCCGGCAAGAACCCCCCCGGCGGCACGGACAGCAAAGGCACGCCGUCCCCGCGCAGUUCCGUCGACGCAUCGAGCCGCCCGUCCAUGGAGCGGCCAUCAACGGACAAGGAACAGCAGGGUCAGACCGACACACCACGACCCGAGAGCCCCGCGGCCGGCGCCCCGUCGACAGACGCGCCACCAGAGAUAAUCGAGCCUCAAGAUCAGCCGAGCGACGUCGAUGCCCAAGACAAGCAGCCGUCAGACCAAGAGAGCCCCGCCGACAAUGCUAUCGCAACGAGCAAUUCGACCUCCAACGGCGACACCAACAACGCGGCUCGGCAGCAAAACAGCCAGGAGCCGAUAACAAAGGCCGUCCUCUCAGAUCUGGCCAAGGACAUGGAGGAGAUUAAGCAACGGCAGCAGGAGGAGAUCCAAGGAUACGUCGAGCGCGUGGACUCUCUGCAGGCGAAGCUACAGUAUCUAUCCAAGACCGCUGCAGACACGGCCAAGAAAACCGCAGGCUCGGCGCCCUCGGGUAGCAUGGAGCGCAAGCUAGCAGAAAAGGACGAGAAAAUCGCCCUGCUAAUGGAGGAAGGUGGAAAACUCUCGAGCGCGGAGCAAAAGUUCCGCAUGACCAUCAGAAAGCUGCGUCAGCAGAUGGCGGAGCACGAGAAGCAGACGGAAGACCUCAAGAAGGCCCGUGACAAGGCCAUGGGCGAUGCAGAGUCGCUGCGCAAACGCCUGGACAGCGCAGAGGGCAGCGAGAAGCGUCAAGAGGAGACAAAGCGCGCCACCGCCGCUUUGCAAAAGGAGAUCGAUGCGUUGAAGAAGGAGCGCACCAAAAGGGACGAGGCGUAUCGGAAGUUAGAACAGGAUACCAAGACAAAAGCAGAGCAGUCCGAAGCUGUGAGCACGGAAGCCCUCAACAAGGCGUUGGCCGCCGAGCGUGCGAAACAAAAGGAGCUGGAGGACGCAAACGCCGCGCUUCGGGCAGAGAAGGAGGCUCUUAGCGACAAGGCACGCUUAGAAGGCAUAGAGUGGAGCGAGAAGCUGGAGCGCGCGGCGCAAAGGAGCGGCAAGGUGGAAGAGGAACUCAAGGCCGAGCUGCAUUCCAUGGAGAGCAAGCUCGAGGCCAUGCGUACCGCUGCAGAGGAAGCGUCGUCCGGGUCCGGAGGCGAAGCCCAGGUCAAGAUGUUCCGCCAGAUCGAGACCCUGCAGUCUCAAUACGCGACUGCCCGCGAAAACUGGCAAGGUAUUGAGUCCUCGCUGCUUGCAAAGGCGGCCACACUUGAGAAAGAAAGGGAUGAGGCGCAGAGACGCGAGUCGGAGAUGCGCAAGAAAGCUCGCGAUGCGGCGAGCCGAAACAGGAGCCUGGAGGAUGAACUGGCAGAUCUCCAGCCGGCACUUACCACGGCGAGGCAUGAACUCGAGUCUUUCCGCGACCAGGUGGCGGAACUCAAGGCGCUGUCCAAGAAGACGCAGGAGGCACUUGAGCAGGCCAGAGCCGACCUCGAGAAGGCUAGGCAACGGCAGAUCAGCCAGGAUGACGGGGCCGACGCAGAGCGCCGACAGUGGCUCGACGACGUUGCCGGUGCCACGCACAGGGGCCAGCAGAGCCGACCUGACUCGCCUUUGCUAUCGGUCUCGCGGACGUUCAGCUCAGAGCUCCUGGGCGGGCUGCCCUUGCCCGGGAAGCCUCGGAGGACACCGACCUCAGGAAGCAACCCAGACAGCCCUGCCGAGGCCAUGUCGCCGAUGCGCCGCCUAUCCGGCCAGCCCCCCUUGCGGCCAGCCGUGCCCUCAACGGUCGGGUCCGGCCCGCCGCCGGCACCGUUCUCUCCCUUCGAACCACCUACCGACGCGCCGCAAGUCCCAUCGCCGCCGACCGCGGAGCGCGAGAACGGCGCAGACGAGGUGGCCUCGUCGUCGCCGCGCAACAUUGCCCAGGACAUGAUCUCGGUCUCGACAGUGGCCGCGGGCCCGUCCGUCCAGCUCGUCGAGAGGAUGAGCGCGGCCAUCCGGCGCCUCGAGGCGGAAAAGGUGGCGGCCAAGGAGGAGAUGGCAAGAAUCUGCAACCAGCGAGACGAGGCCCGCGGCGACAUGGUGGGCCUCAUGAAGGAGCUGGAGGAGGCCAAGGACGCGGCGAAGAAGGUGCCGCAUCUGGAGGAGCAGGUUACGCAGCUCGACUCGCGGUAUCAGACCACACUGGAGAUGCUGGGGGAGAAGAGCGAGCUCGUCGAGGAGCUCCGUGCCGACGUGCAGGACGUCAAGGCCAUGUAUCGCGAGCUCGUCGAGCGGACGGUGCAAAAGUAG